CAACAACAGCAGCGGGCGUCACGUUUUGAGAGCCAAACGAGUAUUAUAUAUUAUAUAAUCUUGUAAGUUAGCAUCACACUGCUCUUCUUUUUUCAGGCUCAUCAUUUGACAAGACGACACCUGUGGACAUGUUGAGGACCAAGGUGGAGCUAAAAACAACGCAAGGCUUCACCAUGAAGGCCGCCAUGAGGAACUCCGUGGUGGAGGGUCCCCCAGAUUCAGGGGCUUUUCGGGAGCGCCCUUCCAAACCAACCACCUUUCGCAAGUUCUACGAGCGCAGAGAGUUCCCAAUGGCACUGGAGCACGACACCAAAGGCAACCGCAUAGCAUGGAAGGUGGAGAUCGAGAAGCUGGACUACCACCACUACCUGCCGCUGUUCUUUGAUGGCUUAUGUGAGACUGUUCAUCCGUACGAGUUCUUCGCCUUCCAGGGAGUCCAUGAUAUGCUGGACCACGGAGGCCCCAAGAUCCUGCCUGUCAUUCCCCAGCUCAUCAUCCCCAUUAAGAAUGCCCUGAACACAAGGAACCAUCAGGUGAUGUGCACCACCCUGAAAGUCCUGCAGCAUCUGGUGAUGUCCGGCGACAAAGUGGGAGAGGCUCUGGUGCCCUACUUCAGACAGAUCCUCCCCAUUUUCAACAUCUUCAAGAACAAGAACAUCAACACAGGAGAUGGCAUCGAUUACAGCCAGCAGAAGAGGGAGAACAUCGGAGACCUGAUCCAGGAGACUCUGGAGAUGUUCGAGCGCUACGGAGGAGAGGAUUCCUUCAUAAACAUCAAAUACAUGGUGCCCACCUACCAGUCCUGCAUGAUCAGCUGAGGAGGGGGUCGUCCCCCUGACGUUACACAGACUCUUGACUUUAUCCUUGUAUCAGUCCUUCUGUGUCUGCCCCAUACUCUUAUCUUUAUCCUAGCCCUACCUAAUCUAAACGUCACUCUGUUCAUUCUCUUUUUGUUUCCAAAAUGAUCUACAAGACACAGCGCUCCUUCCUCUGAUCUGUUCUGCUCCCUGUUUUGCCGAGCUCAAACCCUCCUGCCCCUCUGCCCCAUGUGCUUUUUAACAUAGCCUUUUAAACCCCUAAUAAAUUCAUCACAAUGC